UUCUCCUUGCUUGGUGUACUGUUCCAAGCAGGGGCCAGGGCCAAGGAGUGAGGAGAGGCCUUUCCAGAGCGAGAGGGAGAGCUCAAACAGAACAGAGGGUAGAGGAGGUGGAGGAACUGUGAAGGUCUCACAUGGACAUCUAAGAGACCAAAGGAUUGUAAAGUCGGUGUUUUUGUAACUGGCUUUUUGACUACUUGGUAUUUUUCUUUGGGUUCCAAAAUGGAUUCGGGCGGAGUACCGGCCCUGGCCUCGUUCAUCAUGAACGAAGAGGAGCUGAAGAGGAAGCAGCGGGAGAAGCUGAAGAAACUGCAGGCCACUGGAGGAAACCCCAGGCCUGCUCGUUCCCUCUUCUUCUUCACUCUCAAAAACCCCUUCCGCAAGACCUGCAUUAACAUAGUGGAGUGGAAGCCCUUUGAGAUCAUCAUUCUACUCACUAUCUUUGCUAAUUGUGUGGCUCUGGCUGUGUUUCUCCCAAUGCCAGAGGAUGACACCAAUUCCACCAACUCCACUUUGGAGAGCCUGGAGUAUAUAUUUUUGAUAGUUUUCACUCUGGAGUGCUUCCUGAAGGUAGUAUCAUAUGGGCUGUUAUUUCACGAAGGCGCAUAUUUACGGAACUGUUGGAACAUACUGGACUUUGUCAUCGUGUUUAUGGGGCUCUUUACCCUGGCAGUUGACACCAUCAAUAAAAUAGCUGGAGUCCCCAUAGAGAAAGGAGGAGGAGGGUUUGAUAUGAAAGCUCUCCGAGCCUUUCGAGUCCUCCGACCACUUCGUCUUGUCUCUGGAGUUCCCAGCUUGCAGGUGGUUAUGAACUCUGUUAUGAAAGGUAUGCUGCCUCUAUUCCACAUCGCUCUUCUGGUCUUCUUCAUGGUCACCCUUUAUGCUAUAAUGGGUUUGGAGCUGUUUAAAUGCAAGAUGCACAAGACUUGUUACUAUGAAGGCACAGACAUUAUUGCCUUAAUGGAGAAUGAAGUGGCAUCACCUUGUGCCCAGGCAGGAAAUGGACGCCGCUGCAGCAUCAAUGGCACAGAAUGCAGGGCUGGAUGGCCAGGACCCAACUGGGGCAUCACCCAUUUUGAUAAUUUUGGUUUUGCCAUGCUCACAGUGUUCCAAUGUAUCACCAUGGAGAGCUGGACUAAUGUUCUCUACUGGGUUAAUGAUGCUAUUGGCAACGAAUGGCCAUGGGUUUACUUUGUGUCUCUGAUUCUGCUUGGCUCUUUCUUUGUCCUCAACCUGAUUCUUGGCGUCCUCAGUGGGGAGUUUAGUAAGGAGAGAGAAAAAUGUAGGUCCAGAGGGGAGUACCAGAAGUUACGAGAGCGAGAGCAGAUGGAUGAAGAUCUGAAAGGUUACAUGGAAUGGAUUACACAUGCUGAAAUUUUGGAUGCUGAUCAGGAAGGAUUAGGUCUUCUUCCUCUGAAGGACAGUGGUUCAGAGACAGACAGCCUUUAUAAAACAGAGGGUUUAAACCGUGUAGUGUAUUACUUUCGCCUUGCUCGUCGCUAUAACCGUGUCUUACGGAGGAAGUGUACUGUCUGGGUGAAGUCCAAGGUGUUCUACUGUCUGGUGAUCCUGGUCGUGUUACUCAACACUCUCGCCAUUGCCUCAGAACAUCACCCCCAGUCUGAAUGGAUGACCCAGUUUCAAGAUACCGUCAACAAGAUCCUGCUCACCUGUUUUGCAAUCGAGAUGGUCAUGAAGAUGUAUGCUUUUGGCCUACGAAUGUACUUCAUGUCGAUCUUUAACCGUUUUGACUGUUUUGUUGUUACUGUGGGCAUACUGGAGAUCAUCCUGGUCUCAGCAAAUGUGAUGACAUCACUGGGUAUCUCUGUGAUGAGGUGUAUUCGACUCCUACGUCUGAUGAAGGUUACAAAAUACUGGACAUCUCUGAGCAGCCUUGUGGCCUCUCUGAUAAACUCAAUCCGUUCCAUCGCCUCCCUACUCCUCCUGCUCUUCCUCUUCAUUGUUAUCUUCUCUCUCCUGGGCAUGCAAGUGUUUGGAGGCAAAUUCAACUUCCCUGACAGGCCCUUGCAGCGCAGCAACUUUGACAACUUCCCACAGGCUCUCAUUAGUGUGUUCCAGGUUCUGACUGGGGAGGAGUGGGAUUCCAUCAUGUACAAUGGUAUUAUGGCUCAUGGUGGACCAACUUUCCCAGGAAUUCUUGUCUGCAUUUAUUUCAUCAUCCUGUAUGUCUGUGGAAACUUCAUCCUCUUGAAUGUGUUCUUGGCCAUUGCUGUGGAUAACCUAGGUGAAGCUGAAAGCCUUUCAUCAGCACAAAAAGAAAGGGAGGAGGAGAAAGCUAGAAAGAAGCUCAUGAGAGGACCCCAGUCACAGAAGAGUGAGGACGAAAAAGCUGUGGUGGUCAAAAGCAAACAUAAGGCUGAAGGCAUGCCCACGACAGCGAAGCUUAAAGUGGAUGAGUUUGAAUCAAAUGUAAAAGAAGUGAAGGACCCGUUUCCUCCUGCUGAUUUUCCAGGUGAUGAUGAGGAGGAAGAGCCAGAGAUCCCUCUCAGUCCAAGACCCAGACCUAUGGCUGAUCUUCAGCUUAAAGAGACAGUGGUUCCAAUGCCUGAAGCCAGCUCCUUCUUCAUCUUUGGCCCACAGAACAAGUUCCGUAAACUGUGCCACCGGGCUAUCAACGCAACCCCUUUCACAAACUUCAUCCUUCUCCUCAUCCUCCUCAGCAGCAUCUCUCUGGCUGCUGAAGAUCCCAUUGACCCCAAAUCCUUCAGAAACAAGAUCUUGGCUUAUGCUGAUAUUGUCUUCACAACGAUCUUCACCAUUGAGAUUGUCCUUAAGAUGACUGUGUAUGGUGCCUUCCUGCACAAGGGCUCCUUCUGCCGAAAUGCCUUCAACAUUCUGGAUCUCAUUGUUGUUGUGGUUUCCCUAAUGUCUAUGGGGCUGGAGUCCAGUGCCAUCUCUGUGGUGAAGAUUCUCAGGGUGUUGAGAGUUCUGAGGCCACUGAGGGCCAUGAAUAGAGCCAAAGGAUUAAAGCAUGUGGUCCAGUGUGUGUUUGUGGCCAUCAAAACCAUUGGCAAUAUCAUACUGGUCACCAUGCUCUUAAACUUCAUGUUCUCUUGCAUUGGAGUCCAACUCUUCAAGGGCAAGUUCUACUAUUGUACAGAUCCAUUGAAACUGACUGAGGUGGAAUGUCGGGGAACUUAUGUGCAUCAUGUGCAGAACACUCUCCACGACAUGGAGGUCCGUGGACGAGAGUGGGUCAAUAGUGACUUUAACUUUGAUAAUGUACUGAAGGCCAUGCUCACACUCUACACUGUCUCCACGUUUGAAGGCUGGCCAGAGUUGCUUUAUAAAGCUAUAGAUUCAGAUGCAGAAGACAGGGGCCCGGUUUAUAAUAACCGUGUGGACAUUUCCAUCUUCUUCAUCAUUUACAUUAUUAUCAUCGCUUUCUUUAUGAUGAACAUCUUCGUCGGCUUUGUCAUUGUCACUUUCCGAGAGCAGGGCGAGCAGGAGUACAAGGACUGUGAGCUGGACAAGAACCAGCGCCAAUGUGUACAGUAUGCGCUGAAAGCUCGGCCCCUCCGCUGCUACAUCCCUAAGAACCCUUUCCAGUACCAGUUCUGGUACCUGGUGACCUCCUGCUACUUUGAGUACCUCAUGUUUUUCCUCAUCAUACUCAACACAUUGUGUCUGGGAAUGCAGCACUGUAAUCAGUCAGACCACAUAACCAAACUGUCAGACACUCUAAAUGUCAUCUUCACAGUCCUUUUUACAAUUGAGAUGAUUGUCAAACUCAUUGCUUUCAAAGUAAAGGGUUACUUUGGAGACCCAUGGAACGUGUUUGAUUUCCUCAUUGUCGUUGGGAGCAUCGUAGAUGUCGUCCUCAGUCAGGUUGAUGCUGCUUUGGAGUCCAGUGGUGGACUGUAUUGCCUCCAUGGCUGUACUGAAACAAAUCCAAUGCAGGCCAUUGCUUAUGAAGAAAAUGCUCGAGUCUCAAUCACCUUCUUCCGACUCUUCCGUGUCCUGCGUCUGAUAAAGCUGCUUAACCGCUCUGAGGGCAUUCGCAACCUUCUGUGGACCUUCAUUAAGUCCUUCCAGGCUUUCCCUCAUAUAGCUCUUAUCAUAGUAAUGCUUUUCUUUAUCUAUGCAGUCAUAGGGAUGCAGGUAUUUGGUAAAAUUGCCCUAGUGGAUGGCAAUGAAAUCAACCGUAACAACAACUUCCAGACAUUCCCACAAGCCAUUCUGCUACUGUUCCGAUGUGUUACGGGAGAGGGUUGGCCAAAAGUCAUGCUGGCCUGUAUGUCUGGGAAACUGUGCGAUCCGAAAUCAGACCAUGGCUCAACUCCUGGAGAGGAGUACAGUUGUGGAACUAACUUUGCCGUCUUUUACUUUCUGAGUUUCAACAUGUUGUGUGCCUUUUUGAUUAUCAAUUUGUUUGUGGCCAUCAUUAUGGACAACUUUGACUACCUGACCCGUGAUUGGUCGAUCCUCGGUCCACACCAUCUGGAUGAGUUCAAGAAGAUCUGGGCAGAAUAUGAUCCUGAGGCAACGGGGCGAAUUAAACAUCUGGAUGUAGUAACCCUUUUACGAAGGAUCCAGCCACCACUGGGUUUUGGAAAAUUCUGCCCUCACCGCUCAGCCUGCAGGCGAUUAAUUUCUAUGAACAUGCCCCUGAACAGCGAUGGAACGGUCACCUUCAAUGCCACAUUGUUUGCUUUAGUCAGAACGGCUUUGAAGAUUAAAACCGAAGGCAACUUUGAGCAGGCUAAUGAAGAGUUGAGAGCCAUUAUUAAAAGUAUCUGGAAACGGACCAGUAUGAAACUCUUGGACCAGGUUCUUCCACCUAUCGGAGAUGAUGAGGUCACUGUUGGGAAAUUCUACGCCACCUUCCUGAUUCAGGAGUACUUCCGUAAGUUUAUGCAGCGCCAGGAAGAAUACUAUGGCUACCGGCCUACCAAAAAAAGAGCAGCUGAGAUUCAGGCGGGUCUGCGCAGCAUUGAGGAGGAGGCUGCCCCCGAGCUCCACAGGGCCAUCUCAGGAGACCUUAUUGCUGAGGAUGAGAUGGAUAGAGCCAUGGCAGGAGGAGAGGAGGGCAUCUACAGGAGAACUGGGGGUCUGUUUGGGACCAGCACAGACCCAUUUUCAUCAGAACCCAGUAGCCCUACAACAGUACCGACCAGCCAACGACCCCUGCAAUUCUCUGAGAGUCGCCCGGAGGAUGUGGAGUCUCCACCUGACUCUGUUUUCCUCCAGAACACUGAGUUCUUCCCUGUAACACCAACCAGAACAAACAUCACCAACAACAAUGCCAACUUUACAGAGGAUUUUAUAUUUGAGAGAGAGUCACCAUUGGUUGUUGGACCCAGAGGCCAAUCCUUUGAAGAUAUCAGAGAAGUCAGUAUGCUUCCCAGUAGAGUAUCAUCCUCUGUUAGAGAUGCUGAAGACAGACGCCAGUCAGAUUUUACUGUGAGGACUGACGUCACUCAGUUCCCAUAUGAUCCUACAUAUGGUGAAAAAGAAUCUUUACCAGCGACUGACAUACUCAUCCAACAGGCACUAAGAAAUGGUGGCCUUGAAACUCUGGCUGAGGAUCCCAAGUUUGUUGCUGUGACUAAGAAAGAGAUGGCAGAAGCCAUGAAUAUCAGCGUGAGCGACAUGGAGGGAGCCGCUCAGGGCCUUCUGAAUGAAAAUGGUGGGAAAACGAUGAAACGUAAAAGACGUCCCAUUCCAGUUCCACCCAGCGCCAAACCUGCUGAAUCAAACGAGGCCACCACUGCAGUGUAGGCUGCUAUGAUCAGUCUGCUUAUUUCAGAAUUGUCCUGACAAGGAUACAUUGGCACUUCACAAGCCUUAUCCUGAAAAUUCAAAUUCACUUGUUUCACAGCCUCACAUGCUGUUUCACAUGUUCUUGAAACAAAAAGAAUUAAAUAUCUCUAACAGGCAAAGCAAACAACUAUGUGAGUGAGGUUUUGCCUAGGUGAGGUGUGGCAUUGUGUUCAUUUGAUCGUUUAUUCAAAGAGUGGAUUUUUUUGUUCCAUUGGACACAGAAAAGAGUGAGUGGGACUGAAGACAGACAAAUUCUUAUUUAUUUCAUUAUCGUGCGCAAGACGGGUUCUCUCUUGUUUGCACCCAUUUCAAAACAGGUCUUCGUCUGAAUAGUUAAUGUUUUAAACAUUUGAAUUCAGUCAUAUUAUUUCAGAGAAUGAUCUGUGAUAAGGAUAUUUCCCUGGUUAAGAAAUCAACAGGAAUUAUGAAAGGUAAUAAUAUAUGAAAAGGAAUUAGGUAGAGUAUUAUGUCUGUAAAAAAAAAAAAAAAACUAACCAGAAAAGUACUGUUCAAAAGUCAUUUAAUAAGAGAUUAAUAAGUGAAGAUGCUUUAAAAAAAUAAUACAAAUGUAACAUUUUGAAAUGUAAAAAAAUACUUCAGGGAGCAGAAAUCAAUUCAAUUUAAAAUUAUAUAUAUAUAUAUAUAUUUUGCCUUUGCAUCAAUUAUCAUAGGUAUGUUGUUGCAUAGUUUUAUAUGGAAAUUAAAUGAAUUUGGCACUGUUCUUCUACACGCCUUCUUUCACUUGUUUCUUUCUCUGCAGGUAAAAUACUAGAUAGCUCUUCUGAUGUUUUUAUUUGAGAUGUCUCUUUCUUAAUGUGUUACUUUCUUUAAUGACGUAUACAGUAGAAAUUUAUCUGUAACGUAUAUUUUUGUAGAGAAUUAAAGUUUGGCACUUUAAUGUGUUCUACAAAAACAUCCAAGUCUAAAUAUUGGGGCUAAGAUUUUGUACAGAACUGUAGGUUAAAAUACAUUCGUCCAGCAGUAAGAGGGAAGGCAAAAUGAAAUGCUGACUUGAUUACACGCAAGUGUAUGAGAAUCAUUUUGAUUGAGGUUUUACUGAUGUCAGAUGAUGUGUCUGAAUGGCUGGUGGCUGCGGUAGUGAAUUUUGAAUCACUGAAACACUUGAUUUACUCAUGAUUAUAUUAAGUUAUUGCAGCAGCCAUAUGUACGUGAGGAAAUUGAUUUUAUUUCAGAGUGCUGUCUGGUAUGGCAGUAAGAAAAGUACCUUUUCCUUUUUUUGGUUUUGGGAUAGUAGGUUUUAGACUAACAAAACAGAUGGAUACUUCCAAAGAGGACCAGGCACUCUUGAAAGAUGGAUUCUGAGUUAAGGUCUUUACUUUAUACUUAACACACUUUAGCUAUUGUAUUGUGUAAAUGGUUAAUGAUCUCUAUAGAUACAGACAAACAAAAAUCCUGACCCUUCAAAACCCUUAUCUGUCUAGAAUAGAAAAAAAGGUCUUUAAAAAUUAAAAAAAAUGUGGAAGCUAGAGGUUGUGUUUCUGUAAUAUGUUUGCUGCUCCUGUGUUCACAACAGAGUGGACUCUCAGGAGACAGUAUCAUCUGGACAUUCACCAUCGAUUCAGAAAAAGCUAAUCAUUACCAUGGAAAUAAAGGCAAGGUUCACCCAGUUUCCUUCACUGUCACUUUGUGUUUGUCCCCAAAGCAUUUUUCUUCAAACAAGUUCUCGUCUCUCAGUGUAUAUUAAAUCAAAUGAAAUUUGGAAAAAAAAUUUACACUAUAAAAAAAAUGUUAAAAGUAUAAUCAGGUUAAUCUCAUCAUGGAUGCUGUAAAACAAAUAAAAUAUUAAAUAAAGCAGCAUCCUCAAUUCUUAAAAUAAUUUUUUUUCUGAUUGUUGACUUUUAGUCCAUUUGUUCCUUUUUCCAAUUUUUUUUCCCCUGCUGUAGUUUUGGAUUUUUGCAUCCCUCUUUUUUUUUAAUACACAGAAUACUUUUUUAUUUUUAUUUUUUUAUUUGUUAGUCUGUUUAAUGAUGGGUUUCACUAUUGGUUAUGGUGGCCCGAGCUCUUAUGUCUCUUUGAAAAACAAAUUGAGAAAGGUCAGUAUUUUGGACAGCUCACAAUGUUAUAAUGCAUUAGACUGGUCAUUAGACACCUUGAACAGACAUAUUAAAAUAACUAGAGCAUGCACAUAAGGAUUUUUGAGCUUGCUGAUGAAGUUAACCGCUGAUGACUCUGUUUCCAUAGUAUGCAGGCUUUGUGACAGGCUUUCAACAUGAAAACGUCAUUACAUGAACAUGGAAUUGUUAUGUAGACAAAGUGUAGAGUUUUCAACUCUAUGCUUUCAACCCAGAAACCAUGGGGGAUGCAAACUUUUGCACUGAACUGUAUAUGGCUAUAUUAUGCACAUUUUGCCAGUUGCCUAAAGCAAAAUGUUAUCACUGUGGCCAAGGAAUUUUGAAAUUGUACAUAAAUGUCUCAUAUUUUGCCCAUGUUCAUUAAAAAUACACUGGGGGAACAAGCGUUAAAAGGUUGUGCCGAGAUUGUCAAUAAUUCAAUAUGCCAUUUUAACACACCUCAUUGUAAACUGUAUACCAGUACUUCAACUUGGUUAUGACUGUACACCGGUACUCAGUGCUGUCAUCCAUCAACUGAAACAUUAGAGCAACUUCCAUUUCUAUUAAUACUUAAGCAGGUCUGAUUCCUCUUAUGGUCUAAAAACCCUUCAAAAUUUAGGUGAAGAAAAUACAUACUCCAGUAUGUGAAGCCAACUGGAAAAGUUGCCAGGAUAUACAAACAAAAGAAAGAAUAAUUUCUUUUGUAUGACAGUAUGAAUAAUUUUAUAUGAAUGAUAAAAAGCAUGGCAGAGUCUGCUGUAAAAU